AUGGCCAAAGUCGCGGACAAGACGGACGAACUCAUCGCCUUCGCCGGCCUGGGUCUCGCUCGCUCUACUCAAUACGAGCAAGUCCUCCGUCUCCCGUCCUCGAGGUCCGACUCACGUUUCACGAGCAAGUCCAAACGGGUACACGCAGCGGACGGUAUCGGGGGAGGUAUUGAAUUCGACGACGAAGACGACUUCUCUGACAGCCCAGUGACCUCGAACGGACCAGGCGAGAGCGAUGCAGCCGCUCCGCCGUCCAAAUCUCGAGAUGUCGCCGCCGCGUCAGCCCAAGGUCAAUCGUCGAGCUCCAAUCGAGGCACUGGUCGCAAACCGCCCCGAGGUGGCCACCACUUCAAGCGGGAUGAUUCCGUCAAAAGCAAGAAACCUCCUCCAGGGGACUGCCGAGUGUGUGGUAGUCCGUAUCACUGGGAUCGGGACUGCCCGCACUGGAACAAGUACGAUAUCGGACGUAAUGCUCUCCUCAUUGGUGCGGAAUACGACUGCGACGAGCAAGAGAAUGUCGACUACGAACAGGCUUUUGUAGCGUACAUCUGUAAUGGUUUGAACAAUACCAAACUUUCGAGUGCGUUGUGGAUGGAUCUCCGUCAAGCGGAAGGUCUCUAUCUGAAAAACAUGACGACCUCUCGUCCCAGUUCGAACGCAGUAACUAUCGAGGAGGAGGAAGAGACCUCGAUUCCUAACUAUGAGACUCUCCCGCCCGAUCACCCUCGUAUCAUGGAGGCGGUCGAAUCCGACCUAUCCGAAGCCACUGAGAAGCUUACCGACUUGAUAGCUGAAGCAUUGACGGUCGACGGCUCCUGUCACGCAUUCACAACGCGAGAAGCCCUAUCCGGCACCUCGACGAUAGAGAGCGGAACCGCCGCUCCUAUCGGUCCUGGUCCCGGCCUCGCCAACAAUCCCAAGGUGGUAACGUUGAAUCGAGUGCGCGACCCCCCAGCCGGACACUCCACGGUAGGAGUAUCAGCUCUGUCCUUCCAACUGCGAUUCGGAAGUCCCUCGCACAGUCCGGUCCAAUGUCGUGCGGAUUCCGGAGCCGACAUAUCAUUGGUAUCGCAAGAAUACCUAGAUUCGCUCCCGUCCACGACACACCCCAAGAUCCGUCAAGGCCUCCACAUGAACUUGUUCCAGCUGACGGGUGGGUUUCGCAUUACGGGAUACGUACAGACUCAAGUAUACGUCAAAUCAGAACAAGGACACACCCUCAAAAUGAUGGCGGAAUGCUAUGUCGUUCCAGGGAUGUCCUCCCCCUUGCUGCUUGGAGAAGACUUCCACGUUAAUUACGAACUGGGAGUCACGCGAAGUCUGGAGGAAGGAUCGGCCAUUCAAGUGGGCGACACUGGGUACUCCAUCCCGGCUUCCUCUGCCAUCCCGGAUCAUUACCGUGAACAAACGAAGAAGCUGCGUCCCACCGCCAUCGCGACUCAGGACGUGCGAAUAUCGCCGCACUCCUGUCGUCUGGUGCCGGUACAAGCUUCGUUCCUGGAACACGAUUCUUGGUUCAUCGAGAAGACAGUUCUCGGGCAAUCGGACGGCUCCUUCUUACUCACGACCCCGUCCAUUAUCGAUGCCGAACACGUCUAUGUGUCUGUCACCAACCCUACCGACCGACCUAUCAUAGUAUGCAAGGGCGAGUCCUUGGGCCUCCUUCACGACCCUUCGCAACAU